CGCCCGGGCCCCGCCGCCGCCGCCGCCGCCGCCGCCGCCGCCAUGGAGGGCGUGAGCGCGCUGCUGGCCCGCUGCCCCGCGCCCGGCCUGGCCGGCGGGCUGGGCGUCACGGCGUGCGCCGCGGCCGGCGUGCUGCUCUACCGGAUCGCGCGGAGGAUGAAGCCCACGCACACCGUCGUCAACUGCUGGUUCUGCAACCACGACACCGUGGUGCCCUACGGCAACCGCAACUGCUGGGACUGCCCCCACUGCGAGCAGUACAACGGCUUCCAGGAGAAUGGCGACUACAACAAGCCCAUCCCGGCGCAGUACCUGGAGCACCUGAACCACGUGGUGGGCAGCGCGCCCGCGCCCCUGGCCCCCCCGCAGCAGCAGUGGGUCAGCAGCCGGACGCUGCUCUGCCGGCGCUGCAGCCAGCACCAGGCCACCAAGAUCCGGCAGCUGGCGGCCUUCACCCCGCGCGACGAGGGCAGGUAUGACGAGGAGGUGGAGGUGUACCAGCACCACCUGGAGCAGGUGUACAAGCUGUGCCGGCCGUGCCAGGCGGCCGUGGAGCAUUACCUCAAGCACCAGAACCGCCAGCUCCGAGCCCUGCUGCUCAGCCACCAGGUCCAGCGCCGCCAGGACGCCGAGCGCGGUCACGGGCAGAGCUUCUGUUCCUUUGCUGUGAAGUCACCGGUGCAGGUCAUCGUGCUCCGGGCCCUCGCCUUCCUGGCCUGCGCCUUCCUGCUGACCACCCUGCUGUGUGGCGCCGGAGACCCCUUCAUCCCGGGACCUGCCCUGCCCCCAGCCCUGCCCCCCGGGGGGAACGGCUCUGCCGGCGCCGCCGCGGACAACGGUACCAGCUCCGAGAGCUGGCGGCAGCUGCUGGGCCUCCUGCCGGCACCCGCUGCCGAGAAGCUCCGGGUGCUCUGGGCCCUCGGGCAGCAGCACCAGGUGGCCGUGGUGGCCCUGGGCCUCCUCACCUGCCUGCUGGCCAUGCUGCUGGCCGGCCGCCUGAGGCUCCGCAGGAUCGACGCCUUCGCCGCGGGCCUGUGGGCGCUGCUGCUGGCCCUGCACCUGGCCGAGCAGCACCUGCAGGCCGCCUCGCCCGGCUGGCUGGACACGCUCAAGCUCAGCGCCACGGCCCUGUGCUGCCUGGUGGGCUUCACGGCGGCCGUGGCCACGAGGAAGGCAACAGGCACCCGAAGGUUCCGGCCCCGAAGGUACUUCCCCGGAGAUGCCGCAGGCCUCUUUCCCGUCGGCCCCGGCCUGGCCAUGCCCUGCCCGAGUGUCCUGGGCCCCCCGCCGCCGUCGCUCUUCGUCCCGGCUCCGCCCGGCUUUGUGCCGCUGGCCAGCCGGCCACUGUUCCGCUCCACCCGCCGGCCCUCGCCCUCCUCACUGCCCAGCCACCUGAGCCGGGCCCUCUCGCUGGGCACCAUCCCCUCCCCGACGCGAGCAGACUCGGGCUGCCUCUUCAGUGGGAGCCGUCCACCAUCGCGCGUGGCCCGGCCUGGGCAGCUGCUGCUUUCCGAUUACUUCUCCCUGCUGGCCAGCAGCUGCCCCUCAUCACCGCUCCCGUCCCCAGCGCCGUCCGUGGCCAGCUCCGUGGCUUCCAGCUCUGGCUCCCUGCGCCACCGCCGGCCCCUCAUCAGCCCCGCCCGCCUCAACCUGCAGGGCCGGAAGCUGCUGCUCUUCCCGGCGCCCCCGGGGGAGGCCCCCCACAGCCCCAGCAGCUCCGAGGAACACUCGCCCCCCACCAGCCGCCUCUUCCCCCUCGAGCUGCCCCAGGCCCCUCCGAGGCCGCCGCCGCGGGACUCCAAGCUCACCGUGGAUGUGAGUGCCGUGCCCGACGGCGGCAAUGCCUGCAGUGACCGCCCCAUCAAGAAGGAGGACGACUCCUCGCACGCAUCCACCUGCAUGGUGGACACCACCACCCAGGGCUGCCCUGAGGACACUGCUGCCUGGAGAGGUCACGUCAGCCCCUCCCUGGUCCGGGGCCUCUUGGCAGUGAGCCUGGCCGCCAACGCCCUCUUCACCUCGGCCUACCUGUACCAGAGUCUGCGUUGACCCGACAGCCCCCGCACCCCAGUAGGCUCGGG